AUCGACAGCACUGGCAGUGCCAAAGUCGAAGCCACUGCCUCAGUAGUAGUGCCUCACCGGCCAGCAAAACGUCCUGAUCGGACCACCCGAGUCUACCGAGCAAUGGAGGCGCUGCUGGCCGCCGUGGUCGUCGGCGUCGGCAUGGGGCAGAAGCACCUCACCAAUGCGCCCCCAGUUGUUCCUGGUUUACCUCUUAUUGGAAAUCUUCAUCAGUUGAAAGAAAAGAAGCCCCAUAAAACAUUUGCAGAGUGGUCUGAUAUUUAUGGUCCGAUAUACACUAUAAACAUUGGGGCUUCUUCUGUAGCUGUGCUCAACUCAACAGAAGUAGCAAAGGAGGCAAUGGUUGCAAAAUAUUCAUCCAUAUCUACUCGAAAGCUUCCUAAAGCAUUGUCAGUGCUCACUCGAGAUAAAACUAUGGUUGCUACAAGUGACUACGGUGAUUUCCACAAAAAGACAAAGCGGUAUGUUAUGAUGGGCGUGUUGGGUUAUUCUGCUCAGAGAAAAUUUCAGAACACAAGAGGCAUGAUGAUAGAUAACAUGUUGAGAACUUACAGUACGUUGGUGACUGAUGACCCAGAUUCUCCUCUGAACUUCAGAAAAGUUUUCAGGGACGAGCUAUUCUGUUUGUCCUUGAUCCAGAGCUUAGGUGACGAUGUGGGUUCAGUCUAUGUCAAGGAGUUUGGGAGGGAGAUAUCAAAGGAAGAAAUCUACCAGAUCACGGUUGUUGACAUGAUUAUGUGUGCUAUUGAGGUCGACUGGAGGGACUUCUUCCCGUACCUCCAAUGGGUACCCAACCUGAGCUUUGAAACAAGAGUUCAUACUGCGGAAUCUAGGCGAACCUCCGUCAUGCGGGCCUUGAUCCAUCAACAGAAGAAAAGAAUUGCGUGUGGCGAGGCAAGGGUAUCCUAUCUGGACUUCUUGUUGGCAGAGAACACGCUGACAGACGAGCAAUUGACGAUGCUGGUAUGGGAGGAAGUCAUAGAGGCUGCAGAUACCACUUUGGUCACUACCGAGUGGGCUAUGUACGAGCUUGCCAAAAACCCAGAAAUACAGGAUCGUCUCUACCGGGAAAUCCAGGAUGUGUGCGGAGACGAGAAGGUCACGGAGGAUCACCUGCCUCGGCUGCCGUACCUGAAUGCCGUGUUCCACGAGACGCUGCGGCUCCAUUCUCCUGUCCCACUGGUGCCUCCAAGGCUCGUCCAUGAGCCCACCAGGCUGGCCGGCUAUGACAUCCCAACCGGCACAGAGAUCAUCAUCAAUUUGUACGGGUGUAACAUGAACAAGGAGGACUGGGACGAACCGAAGGAGUGGAAGCCGGAGAGGUUCUUGGACGGGAGCUUCAAUGCUGCGGAUAUGUACAAGACCAUGUCGUUCGGAGCUGGUAGGAGAGUCUGCGCCGGGAGCCUGCAAGCGACGAACAUCUCUUGCACCGCCAUUGCUCGGUUCGUGCAGGAGUUUGCCUGGAGGCUGAAGGAGGGCGAUGAGGACAAGGUGGACACCGUCCAGCUCACCAACUACAAGCUCCACCCACUGUUUGUGCAUCUCUCACCAAGAGGGGGGAAGUAAAAGGCAGUCAGAUAAUGAACAGGCAAGAACUAGAUGUUCCAAUUACUUUGGCCAAACAAGACACAGGUUUAUUAGGGCUGAAGUUUGAUACAUGCGAUGCAUGACUUGUACCAUUUGAUUUUUGUUACUCGGUCCAGCGUGACUUGACUUUUUGUACUUGUUAAACUCAGAACUUCAAUAAGAUGAUUGUAUGCAUUGUUC